AUGCAGCUGGAAUGCCUCAAGCUUCCUGCUAUUUUCUUCUGCUUUACAAUCAUGGUAGUCAUUUGCAUUUGUACUUUCGGAUGGUGCUCAUCCGAUCUUUAUGGCCGGGCUACGCUUACCGGACUAGUAAUCAUCUCUUUUUCAUCGCAAAGAGCCAACGUCUUCAUGCCGUCUGAGCGCAACAGCAAAUGCAUGCCUCCAGAAAGGUAG